AUGGAGGAUCCCCAACUGAACUGGAGUGACCCGACCGACGUGCUUCAAGGCAUCAUGGCCGGCCAGGACGAUCCAUAUUCACAUCCAGACCUCACAGACUGCCGUCAGUUAGGUCUGGCUCUGGACUCAACCCCACAUCCACUACUGGAGUUGGACUUGGGAUCGAUCCAACCCCGCCACCAACCCGCUUUUCUAGGCUGGCCAUCCACCUCCUCCGCCUCAUCGGCCGAGCCACACGAGUUUUAUCAUCCCUAUUACUCGUCCGCCCGUCUCACGGCCGACCAGGAUGCCUGGAACCCGCUGCAGGUCACCGGCGUUCCCAACCCGUCGCCCAUGUCUCACAUGAACAUGGCGGUCGGAGAUCGCGACGGUUUCGCGAAACGUCAUUAUCGUACACCGUCCGAGAGCGGGAGUCAAUAUAUGGGUAGUUUCCAUUCGGGUGACUCGGGGUAUGGGGGGAGUACUAGCUGUGCGACGCAUUCGGUCGUGACCUCGUCUUAUGGCGUGGAGUCGAUGUCGAGUCCGCAGAUUGGACCGAAGGAGCAGGGCUUUGGAGAGUCCCUUGCUUUGUUCAAUCAAGCCUUUGUUGGACCUCCGGUGUUUGCACGGGAGCUGGUCGAGUCCCCGGCUGAGUCGGUCAAGUGUGAUCAUCCUGCUUGUUCGUGGGUGGGCAAGUGCCCGUCUGAUAAGAGGAAACACGAGGCCCGACAUCGCAAGCUGUUCAAGUGUGAUGAGCCAAACUGUCCUCGCAAGGAAGGCUUCGGUACGAUCAACGAUUUGGCCCGCCAUAAGAAAUGCGUUCACAAUAAAGAGCCUGAACGUGGGCCUAAGAUGAUGUAUCUCUGCUUUGGGAAGAAUUGUCCUCGGCCGAGCAAGAAGUGGCCCCGACUGGACAACUUCAAGCAGCAUCUUGGACGGAUGCAUCUUGGAGAAGAUGCCGAUGCACUCCUCAAGAAGUCUAUGGACUGGUAUGAGAGUCUUACAGGGCAGCCCGGUCAGAUCCCCGAGGAUACUGCUUCACAGGAUGAUCCCUUGAGCGAGAGCCAGGAGGAUCUGGCUUCCAACCACGAGAUGGACCUGGAUUCGGUUGACUCUGAAGACACGCAUGAGGAUCCCGUAGUCAUCUCACUGUCCGACGCUGCAACACCCAAACCCCCUCAAUAUCACAAUUCACAGCCCGAGAUGCCCCCGCUGGGGACUCUCGCCUCGCUUACCAACGACAGCCGGGAUUCAACAACAGACCGCAGCAGCAUCAAAUCAGAGACAUUCCUCGCAGAUGCAGCAGAUAACCUCAUCAACGCCAUGACCAAAAUGAUGAACAAUCGCGGACGAAGAUCCAGCCAACACAGCGAUGAAGGAAUCGAGAUUGAACCCGAUACCUCCACCCUCACCCAGCCACAACGCCAAAUGCUCCAAAAGAUCCUCUCCACAGCCCUGGAACGUCUCUCAGACGAUACAUCCUCAGUACCACCCGAACCCACGGACGAGAAACAGGAUUGGUUCCAGUGUGACGUAUGCUCGAAGCGUACCCGUCUACGCUGCGAGAUGAAAAAACAUCAAAAACGCCACGAACGCCCCUACGGCUGCACAUUCCCGCACUGCGCCAAAUCCUUCGGCAGCAAGGCCGACUGGAAACGCCACGAAACCUCCCAACAUCUCCAUCUCCCCAGCUGGCUCUGCACAUUCCACGACGCCGGUAAAGACGCCUCCUGCGAAAGCAUCUUCUACCGCGAGGAAUCCUACACCCAGCAUCUGAACCAGCAUCAUAGCGUCCCGAAGACUCGCGUUAAGACUGCUGUGCAGGCAAGUCGGCUCGAUCUGGACGGGCAGUCGCAGUUCUGGUGCGGGCUUUGUAGUCGGAAUGUCUCGUUGAGGGAUUGUGGGGCUGGGGCGUUGGAUGAGAGGUUUAAUCAUAUUGAUGUGGAGCAUUUUAAGAAGGGGGAGAGGGGGAGGGAUUGGUGUUUUCCUAGUGCGGAGGCUGGUGUGAGAGGGAAGGUUAGUGCUGGCCGUGGUGAAGUGCAGAUGGUGCCCGGCAGUAAGAGUGAGAUGGGGCAGCCCGUUUCCGAGAGGAGUAGUCGGAAACGCAAGUUCAUGGCUUCCGGAUAG